ACUCUUCUUAGCCUCGUUUCAGAAAAAAAUGAGAAACUUCGAAGGAAGAUAACAAGAUGGCUGCCGGUGGUGACGUGGACGAGCUUUUCGAGCUAAGAAAUGCGUUUUACAUAGGCAAUUUUCAGCAUUGUAUAAAUGAGGCACAGCGUGUAAAGCCAUCAACACCAGACCUCAGAAUAGAAAGGGAUGUUUUCUUAUAUCGAGCAUAUACUGCACAAGGAAAAUAUGGUGUAGUGCUAGAUGAGGUAAAGGGAUCAUCUCCAGGAGAGGUUCAAGCAAUAAGAGUCCUUGCAGACUAUUUACAAAACCCAGGGAAAAAAGAGCAUAUACUAAAGCAGUUAGAGGCAAAGAUAAAUUCAAGUGAUUUCAGCGAAUACUUUCUUCUGAUUGCAUCAACAAUUUACUUUCACGAACAGGAUUACGAUUCAGCCUUGAGAUGCUUACAUCAGUCACAAGCUCUAGAGAGCGAAGCAUUAUCAGUUCAAAUGUAUGUUGCAAUGGAUAGGAUUGACCUAGCAAGGAAAGAGCUUAAAAGAAUGCAGGAAAUCGAUGAAGAUGCAACAUUGACACAGUUGGCUACUGCUUGGUUUAAUUUAGCUGUGGGCGGAGAAAAAGCUCAAGAUUCGUAUUACAUUUUCCAAGAACUAGCAGACAAGUACACGCCAACAGUGAUGCUGCUAAAUGGGCAAGCGGCUUGUUAUAUGCACAUGGGGAAAUUUGACGACGCUGAAAGCUUGUUGCAAGAAGCCCUUGAAAGAGAUAGUAAUAACGCCUCAACACUCAUCAAUCUUGCUGUUCUAAGCCAGCAUUUGGGAAAAGCACCCGAGGUGAGCAAUCGAUAUGUAUCACAGAUGAAAGAUUCAAAUUUCAACCAUCGCUUCACGAAAGACUUUUUCUCAAAGGAGAAAGACUUCGACCGAAUUGCCGAGCAGUAUGCAGCAUCAGUUAGCAGCUGAAAUUUUCGCAUGUAAAGGGACUUAUGAACCACUAUCGGCAGUUACUGUGUAAACAUAUCUAGUGAAUUUAUAUUAUUGUUUUAAAUGCAAAAUAACUGAUA